GCGAACACUCAAAACAAUAACGAGAGCUUCAAUCACUGUGUGUGGCAACUAGCGCCAAAGCACGUAUUCUGCGGAGAGCAGAUAGUAGAAAUCGCUACGCAGUGUGCUGUGUGCACCUUCAAUGGAGGUUACGACCCAAUUUUAAAAAUUUUGGAGACGAUGGGAUGCACGAUAGGGCCGAGCGCCGCAGAUUUCGCCGCUAAGUACAAGAAUGCGCGCAUCACCCAAGCAAACCGCCGGACGUCCCUGGAUAGCAAAGAGGCGAGGACAGCUCGUCGGACUGAACAAUCCAUUGAGCACGAUCUUUUCGAAGAAGCAGAAGGGAUAUGUAUGGACCUGGCAUCGCUGAUUGACCAUCAAAAUUGUGACCCCCGAAGUGAACACCACAUCCAAGUGCAUUUUCUGCAACAAUCGUUUCAUCAUUUCUAUAGAUAUCAAUUAAUAAAUGAAUCGAUCUUUAAAAAAUUGUUUUGUAUUCUUCAAUACCCAAUUAAUAUACAAAAAAAAAUCAGACCGAUUAGAUUAUUUUUUCUUUAAAAAACAAAUCGCGAAAAACAGCGAUUUUUCGGGCUGUCACACUGGAAAGCUCCCUUAACAAUGGAAUUCCGUAGACUACAAUUUAUCCUGAAUCGACCUAUUGUAUAUAAAUUUAAUAAUGUUCCAUUCAUUUUGAUGUUCAGUUAUUCAAGUGACUCCCUGUCGUUGAAGUGUUAUCAUUAUGAAUUUGUGAAUAAAAUCCCAUAGCACGUA